CAAAAAAUAAAAAAAACAGUGAAGAGAUAACUUGCCUCUUUGCUGUUAUUAAAGGAAGAAAAAUAGAGUAGUAAUAGGGGCAGAUGGGAUGAAGAUUUUAAAAAAAAGACGUGAGCGACUGGCUGUUUUGUGUGGAGAGAGAAGAGAGGUGCUAGGCAAAGCGGUCGAAUAUUGCACCAAAGCGACAAUAAACAAUCGAUUAAAAAAAUUUUUUUAAAAAAAGUGACAGAAAAUAUCUGUUGGCGCCGGUCAGCGGGAGGACAUUUAUGUCACACGGGGGAGAAUAACAGGGUAUAACAGGGAAGGAGGGGGUAGGGAGGGGGGGGGAUAAAGACGCGUAAUAUCAACAAUAUUGCUUCCUUAGUUGGAUUAGAUUGAUGGUUGUUUUUAUCGUUUUUUAGCUUGAAAAGUUAGCUUUUCUAAAAAUGGAAUACAUUAACGUUGGGUCAGUUAAACCGAGAAAUAUAGCAAGUUUACACCUUUUAAUGACUUUUAAGAAAAAAACAAGAAUGUUUACAGUUACUGGGAAUUUUGCAAAUAUUAUUUUAUAUGUGUGGAGUUCUAAAUUAACAGAGAAAAAAAUAAAAUAGCUGAUAAG